GACUGUCUGUCCGGCGAUCAGGCCCGCGCCGGCGCCCGCGAUACUCUCGUACUCUCGUCUUCGUCACCCUCACCCUCCGUACUCUCCACCCUCUCGUGAGGCUCCAGUGCUCGCGUUGUGCUGUAUCCGGACCAGGUUCAGUUUCGUGUAAACUGUUGAACAUUUCUCGUGAAUUAGUUGUAAAAGAAGUUGCAGCAGAACUCAGGAUUGGGUAUCCGAGUCCGCAUUGACUCAAAAUUCACACUACAUUGCCAGGUGGCUCCGUCGGUAUGAGGGGCGAAGCGCUGCGCUUGGCGCGGAUAGCGCUACUACUACUGCACAUAUCAGUUGCCUUUGGCCGGAUCGCGUUCGAGAAAUUGACGGAUGUGGACUUCUCUGGCACAGCGUACUACACAGUGCGGAACCUGUCACUGUACGAGUGUCAGGGCUGGUGUCGAGAAGAGCCUGACUGCCAGGCCGCUGCUUUCAGUUUCGUGCUGAAUCCACUGACACCAGUGCAGGAGACACGGUGCUUGCUGCAGAAUGACACGCAGGCCAAUAACCCUAUGGCUACACCACAGCGUUCAGUGAACACGUACUACAUGGUGAAGCUGCAAGUGAGGACGGAGAGCGUCUGCCUACGCCCGUGGGCUUUCGAGCGUGUACCUGGCAAGGCACUACGUGGACUAGACAACACCAUCAUCUACACCUCCACCAAGGAAGCUUGUCUUGCAGCCUGUCUUAAUGAGAAACGGUUCCCCUGUCGGUCAGCAGAGUACGAGUACGGCAGCAUGCGAUGUGCCCUCAGCGACUCUGACCGUCGCACCGCUCAACACUUCGUACAGCUCGUCGAUACGCCUGGCACUGACUACUUUGAGAACCUGUGCCUGAAGGCGUCUCAGGCGUGCAAGGGACAGAGGGUGUUCACUGCGCCGCGCGUGGGCGUGGCUGAAGACAAGGUGGCGCAAUAUGCUGGCCUUCACUACUACACCGACAAGGAGCUCCAGGUGACGUCAGAAGCAGCUUGUCGUCUGGCCUGCGAGAUCGAAUCAGAGUUCCUCUGUCGUUCGUUCUUGUACAUGGGCGCCCCUCAUUCGGCAGCCUACAACUGCAGGCUGUACCACUUGGACCACCACACCCUGCCGGAUGGGCCGUCAGCUUAUCUGAACGCGGAACGACCACUCAUCGACGAUGGUGAACCUAUCGGCAAAUACUUCGAGAACUUCUGCGAGAAGCCGGCUAGUAAUAGCAACCCGAGUGGCGAGCUGCCUGUGACCAUUGAGCAUCAGCAAGACACUUCCACUUCCAGCAACCUUACGAGGAAUGAUGCCAACUGUGAUAAAACUGGCACUUGUUACGAUGUGUCGGUCCACUGCAAGGAUACGCGAAUCGCAGUGCAAGUGCGAACAAACAAGCCGUUUAACGGACGUAUAUACGCGUUGGGGCGUUCCGAGACGUGCAACAUUGACGUGGUCAACAGCGACCUCUUCCGACUGGACCUGACCAUGGCUGGACAGGACUGUAACACGCAGAGUGUUACUGGAGUAUACUCCAACACAGUGGUGCUGCAACACCACAGCGUGGUAAUGACCAAGGCGGACAAAAUCUACAAGGUCAAGUGCACUUACGACAUGAGCUCCAAGAACAUUACCUUCGGAAUGGUGCCCAUCAGGGACCCGGAGAUGAUCUCGAUCACAGCGGCUCCGGAGGCACCUCCUCCGAGGAUCCGCAUCCUGGAUGGUCGCCAGCGCGAGGUGGAGACAGUGCGCAUUGGGGACCGGCUCACCUUCCGCAUCGAGAUCCCAGAGGACACUCCAUAUGGCAUCUUCGCCCGCAGCUGUGUGGCGAUGGCUAAGGACUCCAAGAGUACAUUCCAGAUUAUUGAUGAUGAGGGUUGUCCUGUGGACCCAUCCAUAUUCCCGGCCUUCACUCCGGACGGGAACGCCCUACAGUCGGUAUACGAAGCCUUCAGAUUCACGGAGUCCUACGGCGUCAUCUUCCAGUGCAACGUCAAGUACUGUCUUGGGCCUUGUGAGCCUGCGGUGUGCGAAUGGGGCAGAGAGUCUGUGGAGUCAUGGGGUAGGAGGAAGCGUUCAGUGCCGCGUGCAGAGGCCGGCGAGGCACACGCGCAAGAGGAAGACAUGAAUAUCUCGCAAGAGAUCAUCGUGCUUGAUUUCGGCGACGAGCGCCAGAGCACUGACUUCCUUCGCUCUGAUAAACCGGGUGGCACCGCUUCCGAAACUAGCUUUGGUGAAAAAACAGUGACUAUUGUGGAGCCGUGUCCGAGCAAGGCGUCGGUGCUACUGCUGGGAGUUGCGUGUGCGCUGCUGGUCCUGAUGUACAUCGCGACCAUCUUCUGCUACUACAUGCGCAAGUGGCUGGCACCACCCAAGCAUUUGUCGUAAACAUUCUCACUCAAGAGGCGAUUGUACCACCAAUACUUUUAAGGCGACGUGUGGCCCUUCUCUUCUAUUUAAACUCAACUUUGUUUUUUUAAAGUUACUGAAAACAAUACCGCUAAAAUCAAGUUUAAGAUUGACCAAGCUCGUAAAACAGUUUUUGACAGUUCGUUGCUUCCAUCUAUUAUUAUGUGGGUCAGUAUAAUUUCAUGCUAUAGUUAUAGUUAGUGAUUCAACAACAAAUCCAAUUUGUCAAACUUUAAGAAUUUUCAAGUAUCAGAAGCCAAGGACCAUUUAUCGCCUUCCCGCCUCAAGUCUGUAUCAAUAUAACCCUUCCGUCCUUUUUGUGAUAAUGAAUGAUGUUUAUUAAAAUAUUCCAUGGAAACAUAACCUUCCGUUCAACAUUAUCACACUAAGAUCUAUACACACUUGCCGUGGUGUGUUCUGUACAAAUGCGGCUAUGGCACUGAUUGCCGUAUAACCACCGCGUCUUAUGCAUUUAUAUAGGUAUAAUUGACUGCAUUUAUUGAUUGCAUUUAUUAAUAUUAAAGUAGAUAAUAAUAUACGAACGUGCAUGUCUACAAGUCGUUCAGCAGAAGGUAAUAUGAAGUUUGAAAAUGCGCAGGUAGUAGGAAAAUAAGGUUUUACUCCUGCAAUAUGUUUUGUAAACUUUUAUAAUGGUCAUCUCAUCGCAUUCAUUCAAUCGAUGACGAAAUUCGAUGAUACCCUCAUUUAUUUAUUUUUCCCAGAAUAAUAAUAAUGAUGGACUGAAUAUCAAACUCUUAUGUAUUUUAUAAUAGUAUCUGCUAUCAUUGCCAAUUGACGCUGAUAUGUUUGGAGAUUUUCCACACUUUAAGUUACAAUAAGUCUAAUAAAAUAAUAGGCAGACAAUUAAGUGUAAUUCUAGAAAUAAAAUGUAAUGCAUUUAUUAAUUGUAGUUUAUAGGUUAUUUAUUAUAAUAGGUACCAGUGUUUUGUACAAUUAUUGAGUCGAUACUCAUCUAAAAUAAUAUUUACUUUUGGAAUACUCCCUACAAAUGCUCCCUCGAGCCCAUUGCUGGGUCAUUUCGUGGGAUUAUUCUGAAUCAGGUUUUGACGAAGUAUAAAAUCUUUUGUAAUGUAGCCCUAGGUAUAUUACUAAUGAAUACAAUAUAACUUAUAAUUUAUUUAUUUUAGACUUACGUGUCAGCUUGUUCUAUGCGUAUUAUUGUAAAUACUUUGUAUUACUUUUUAUACGGCGCCGAAUUCUUUAAUUACUCUGUGCAUGUCUUCUGAACUUUCAGUUGGGUUUUGCAGAAAUGUUUAAUAUCAUAAGAAGUCGAUAUUACAUGCAAGAAAUUAAUAAUUGGCUAUCUACCUAGCCCUGUCUGUGAAUGUUUCUCUAAACCCAACUUGAGACUUCUAUUUUACAUAGUAUUAAAAAUAAAU